AUGGAUGUUCCUUCUCCCGGAUCAAUCAUCGUGUUGGACUGGCAUCGGUGUAAAGACAGCAAAGAGUAUUUCAAUAAGAUCCUCCACAAGAAAAGGAGGAGGCAGUUUGGAUUACUGGAGUCACCCAUGAUGUCCCCCCUCGCUGCCGUGGAUACUAUUCAAUACAAAAUCUUCCUUUCUGGCAAAAGUGGAGUUGGAAAAACCACUGUUGUUGCUCGUUUGGCUGGUGUAAAUGUACCCAAUGUGCAUUAUGAAACGAUAGGUAUUGAAACCACUGUAGUGUACUGGCCGGUGAAAAUCCAAGAUAGUGGAAGAGUGCUGUUCUUUCGCCUUCAGUUCUGGGACUGUGGAGACAAUGCUUUGAGAAGAUUUGACCACAUGCUUCCAUUUUGUAAAGAAGAUUUGGAUGCCGUGUUUCUGCUCUUCUCAUUCACUGAUCGAUCUUCGUUUGAAGAUCUCCCAAAUCAAAUAUGCAAGUGGAUGGGGCCCUCGCUGGACGGGAUUGUCAAACUUGUGGUGGGCACUAAAUUUGACUUGUUUAUGCACCGUGACGUGGCAGAGCGAGACGUGAGGGCCUUCCGCUCCUCCUGGGUGCUCCCACUGCUGCGUGUGGGGGGGGAGGUCAGUGAUUGUCUGGGGGAUGUGGCGCUGCUCCUGGACUGUCUUUGUGAAAACCUGUGGCACCAGGACUGCCUCAGAGCUGCAGCCCAGAAAGACCAGCCACAGACCGAGCCCGAUACUGGCCUUUGA